CAAGAGGAGAAAGAGAAACUAGAAGCAAAGACCUUUCAGUUUUCAUAGCAAGAUCUUUCUAGUUCUUCUUUGCCCUUCCAGCUUAAAUUUCAACUCUUUCAAUGAAGUGCUUUUCUCUCUCUCUCUCUCUCUCUCUCUCUCUCUCUCUCUCUCUUUCUUUAAAUUCACCUUAUUCUUCAUAGGCUUCUAGUCUAUGCAUGGUCCAAGGUCUUAAAUACUGCAAGUACUCUUGGGCACCGAUCUCUCAUCAUUUCAAGGUAAUGCUCCUCUUUUGAGUUUCUGGGAUUUGGGGGUUGAAACUUGUGAGGAAAUGGAUGGCGCCACCAUGAUCAAGAAUGGCAGUAAGAUCGACGAAGAGAGUGAGCUGAGGAGAGGUCCUUGGACUCUUGAGGAGGAUACAAUUCUCAUUCAUUACAUUGCUCACCAUGGAGAAGGGCGGUGGAACAUGUUGGCAAGGUGCUCAGGAUUGAAGAGGACAGGUAAAAGUUGCAGACUGAGAUGGCUCAACUACCUAAAGCCGGAUGUUAAACGGGGAAAUCUCACCCCAGAGGAGCAACUCUUGAUUUUGGAACUCCACUCUAAAUGGGGAAAUAGGUGGUCAAGAAUAGCACAACAUCUGCCAGGGAGAACAGACAAUGAAAUAAAAAACUACUGGAGGACAAGGGUCCAGAAACAAGCUAGGCAACUGCACUGUGAUGCAAACAGCCAGAGAUUCAGGGAGACGGUCCGCUGCUUUUGGAUGCCAAGACUGCUUCAACAGAAGAUGGCCACAUCUUCCUUCAAUGCCACUGACAACUCAAAUUUUCCAGAACCAGCCAUUGAAGCAGCGCAACAAUCACCUUCCCCUCCCACUAUUGCUGCACCACAGGAGAUCACCAGGAAAUCUACCACAGUCAACUUUCCGAUGUUCCAUGAAAUCAAAUUCUCCAACCCAGAAGGCUUCUUUUCAGAAUCCCAAGUACUCCCCGCAAUUCCAGAACUCCCAACAAGUCCCCACAUCCCAUUGUCAAGAGGGUGUAAUUACUUUGUUGAUACUUAUGACCCCAUCAGCACCAUGUCUGUCCCAAGUUGGAAUUAUACACACACUGAUGGCUCAUUGACUGAGACCAACUGGACUAAUGAUAUGUCAGAUGGACUAUGGAAUAUGGAUGAGUUUAGAUAUGUAGCGCAGUACCAGAGUAGCACCUGAGGAGCUACUGGUAGGGAAGUUAUCAGAAAAGUAAAGAUGCAGCCAAUGAAUCAAGUCACUGUUACAAGGAAUGAUUUGGGUAGAGUUUGGUAAGCGGUGCCAAUGUUAUUUUGGCCAUGGAUCUCUUUUGAUAUCCAUAUGGGGAGAUUGGCUUCUUGACGUUUGUGGUGAAGACACAUUUUCUCUAUCUAGAAAAAGUAGGGCCUAAAUGUGGUGGAACAAUGGAAGGUUAUGUGGAAAAAUCAAUGGGCUUCUUUUGUAUGGCUCAAAUUCUAUCCAUCCAUAAAGACCAAGCGUGUUGUCAUAUCAAGUGAUGUUAUUCUUGGGGAUAGGUGGGAUUGUGCCACUCCUUUUCUACAUGUAUUAGAUGGCUACUUAAUUUCACUUGUAGCCAUCACCAAGCUGAAAAUUGAAAUGCUACUUGAACCAAUUAUGGGAAACAAGAGAAGGUGA